AUGCUGUCGGCAAUAACCCGCGGCAGUACGCGUAUCAUCGGCGCGAGAUGUUUCGCUUCGGCGCCGACUCUCGACGCUCAACAACAACUCGACGAUUCCAAGUUGCCGAUGGACGAGCAACUGAAUCCUUCAUUCUUUAAGAGUGUUGAAUACUAUGUGGACAAAGGCUCAAAAGUCAUCGAGCCUAAGCUCGUUGAUGAACUUCAAUCGCAUUCCAUGACCAAAAACGACAAGAAGAAUCUUGUCCGCGGUAUUCUCGCUGCUAUCAAACCGGUUAACAAG